AUGACCCCGUUUAGCCGGGAAAUCGUAGAUACCCCUACCCAGGGAAAAAUCAAAACACCUCUGAUCGAGCAGUUCACCGACCCGGAGGAUCAUAUGGCUACUUACAAGGCUCAAAUGAGCAUGCAGACCAGCUGUGAGGCCACGUGGUGCCGAUUCUUCCCCACCACGCUGAAGGGGCUCGCGCUGAAUUGGUUUCAAGAGUUACCCGCCGGAAUCAUCACUGACUUCGCGGUACUCGAGGACAUGUUUACCAAUCAGUUCGUAGCCGGGAAGAGGCAAAAUAAAACGAACCUUCAUCUUAUGGGGGUUAAACAAGAAAAGAACGAAAGUCUAGCCGACUAUAUCAAACGAUUUAAUGAAGAAUCCCUGAAGGUGUUUGACCUGCAGGAUGAAGUAGCUUUCGCUGCCCUCAUGUCCGGGUUACAGCCGCCUGGUCGGCUCAGGUGGACGUUGGCUGAAAGUGAGGUCAAAACCUUCUCCGAAGCCAUGACGAAAGCUCAGAGGUUUAUCCAAGCGGCAGACAUCUGCCGCCACUCGCAAGACGGGGGCAAGAAGAGAAAAGAAGAGGGCAUUCAUAGGGAUCAACCCAAGCAACAAAAAAUAGGCGGUAGGUCGGAUCGCUUUACAGAUCAUGGAAACGAUCCCCGUUUCAAUAGGAAUCGGCGAGAAAUUUACUUAGAUAUCAAGAAAAAGUCUAUGCUCCCUCAUCCUCCUCCUAUUCGGACUUCUGCCUAUCGACGAGACAAGAGCCAGUGUUGCGAGUACCACCGAGAAUGUGGUCAUACCACAAAGGAUUGCAGGGAACUAAAGAAAGGGUUAGAUAACUUGGUCGACCAGGGUAAGCUGAAACGCUACCUCAAGCACUCCAUCGAAGAGAAGGGGAAGCUGAAGGUCGGUCAGUCUAACAGCGGAGAUAUGGAGGGAUUCAUAGGAGUCAUUGCUGGCGGCUUCGCUUCAGGAGGCCUAACCGGCCGAGCCAGAAAAGCCCACCUCCAAAACCUCAAACAUCAAGUGCUGGAUGUCCAGCAAGGCCGGGCGUAUUGCCCCGUCAUGACUUUCGGGGAGUCCGGUCGGUCGGUAAGUGUACCUCAUGAUGACCCCCUGGUAAUCGAGCUCAAGGUGGCCAACACCAGAGUGAAGCGUGUGUUGGUCGACAGUGGGUCGUCAGCCGAUAUCAUCACACUAGAGUGUCUGAAGAAGCUGAAGUAUAGCGAAAGGGAUGUCACACCCCUCGAUCAUCCACUCAUAGGCUUCGGGAAAACUCGGUACAUCCGGUCGGCUCUAUUAAGCUACCCACUCGGAUGGGUGAAAAGGGCAAGGGAAGAAGCCUACCAAUUGACUUCGUGGUGGUUGACAUCCCCUUACCAUACAAUACAAUAA